CAAACAGAUUACCUAUGAUAUCAGCAACAGGAUGCAGCUGCAAUUUUUACUCAAAGACUAUGACAUAAUACCUGCAUCUUUACUCUAUUGAACAAAUCCUAGUCCAAUUGUUCACCUGAUCUCUUUCUUUUGCUGUUCUCUUACAGCAUGAAAUGCCAAAGGAUGAUCCAGACCAUCUUGUCUCUCUUGAUCUUGGCCAGCUGCAUCACUACACUCAAACCUUCCAACACUAACUUGCAGACAUUCAUUGGCUGUGCUGUGCGGGAGUUCACUUUCAUAGCCAAGAAGCCUGGAUGCAAAGGGCUGCGCAUCACCACAGAUGCCUGCUGGGGCCGCUGUGAGACAUGGGAGAAACCAGUCCUGGAUUCCCCUUACAUUGAAGCUCACCACCGAGUCUGUACCUACAAUGAGACCAAACUGGUUACAGUGAACCUGCCAAACUGUGCAGCCAACGUUGAUCCUUUCUUCACAUAUCCAAAAGCCAUCCGCUGUGACUGCAGUGUGUGCCUCACCACAACCACAGAAUGCGAGACUAUCUGAAUACUUCAACUUAUCAAGAGAAGUUUCUGGCUCAGAUUCCGCCCAGGUGAAGACUACAAUAUGGCAAUGGUAAUAGAUCAUAGUGAUGCACAACAGGGUAGGAUGUAGCUACCUGGUUUUGAGGUUUUUCUGCCCCUUAUCAGCUUUGAAUGCAUCUGAGUACCUUGCAAUUUUCAUGGUACUUUCAGUAUAAUGGUAUAGUCAGUGUCUUUUCAACUGUUGCCAAUUUUAUACAGCAUAGAUUUUCUUUGGGAUUCUUGCAUCAGAAUUUGCAUAACCCCCAAACUGUAUUCUCUGUUUGCUUCCUGAUAUUAUCCCCAGUAUGUUUUGAAAGUAUGACCCAAGAUUGCAUUUGCACUUUAAUACUUUCAGAGGUCCAGUUAGAACAGUUUAAAGGUAUACCAAAGGGGUGUUCACACACUACAUUUGAUGCAUGGACAGUCCAUGUACCUAUAAACAUAGACUGUUUACCUUAUCAACAGCUAGAUUUGCCCAACAUUCUUAAUUUGACUACUGAAUUAAUUCAUUUUGGGAAUUUGUGGAAUACACAUAAUCAUAAGCUAAACUAAUAGGCAGCAUUCAUAUAUCAGUAGCCACAAAACACUAACCAUAAUUUAAACUAACCCGGUUUAGCAUGUUGUGCAAAUGCAGCCAUUUGAUCUUAUGAAUACAGCCAUGUACUUAUUUAUAUCUUCUGUUCCUUAGAGUUCUAAUCAAACUAUGUUGA